AUGUCGCUCGCGGAGGCAAAUAAAAAAUAUUUCGACCUCAUUGCCGAUGCCUACGAUAGCAAACCUUGGUUUGCCAAGGUCAACAACCAGACGACAGCUUUUAUUCACGAACACCUUGAUUGGGUCGGCCUUCCGUUUACCGAAGUCUCUGGAUCGUCUUCCAAUGGAAUCAGUCUCCUGGACUAUGCUUGCGGACCUGGGUUGAUGUCUCGCAUAUUUGCUCCCUAUGUCACUGUCACCCGUGGAAUCGACAUCGCGCCAAACAUGGUCGCUACAUACAAUGCGAGGGCCCAGGCGGCAGAGCUACCCGAAUCCAAGAUCAAAGCUGUCCUUGGAAACAUUUUUUCUGAUGAGCAAUCAAGCGAGCUGCAAAAGCCAGAGUACCACAACUUUGAUCUUGCAACGGUCGGGUUCGGCUUUCAUCACUUUGAGGAUGUCACAGAGUCUGCGCGACGUCUGAAGGAGCGUCUCAGGCCUGGGGGCGUUCUUAUCAUUACUGACUUCUUAGAGGGAGGUGAUUUGAAGGCAGACGAAGAGGGAAAUCCAAUCCCAGCUUCAGAAGGCGAUCAUACCGGUCACAUUCAUUACCACGACCACUCUGGCCACAGCAAAGGCCACGAUUCUAAGCAUUCUCACGGUCAUCAACAUCAUGAUCACCACCAUCACCAUGAUAAAAUCGACCACAAGGAAGACAAGGAAAGAAUGGAGCAUGGCGUUGCGGGGGCAUCGACAAAGGUCAUGAGUAACUCGAUUGUUGUACCGUCUUUCACAAUCGAGGGUGUGAAGAAAUUCUUCACCGAUGCUGGACUUGUUGAUGUGGAUGUUAUCACUAUGAAGGAGAGGGUUUAUAUGCAGUUUGCAGGGAAGAAGCUCUGGAGGACUAUUCUGUUUGCAAGGGGUAGGAGGCCUCUUGAUGAGACUAUUGAUAAAUCCGAGCUGUGA